AUGGAACUGGAGCCGACCCUUACCACUCUCCUUGAGGCUAUCACAGCCCUCACCGCCACUGUUGGGUCCUUGCAGGACCAAAUCAAAUUGCAAAGCCAAGAGCUCAUCCAGCUCAAGGCCAUAUGCAAGGAAACCGCCGACCUACUUGGCGACAAGGACCAAGGAGGAGGCCAAACCCAGCCUGGCCCAUUGACUGGGCCUAUCACCCCUCCUACUCAGACAGGAGGAGAAGCCCACUCUCCAGCAACGGUUAGGCCUGGGCUCAAGGCCCCCUUCCGCCCUUCAAGAGGAACAGGGUAUGACUCAGAAGAAGAGGAGGACAGGCGAGCCCCCAAAAGGGAACCUUGCGACACGCCUAGGCGGAACCUCAGCUCCCUUACCCCCUUUGACUUGGGGUCCAGUGUAAAGCAACCCAAGAUGGAACUCCCCAACCCUUACAAGGGUGAUACCAGAGGUCGUAAGGCUACCCAGUGGCUUGACAGGAUGCUACUCUGGGUUGCUCUUCACAGGGAUCAAUUUGAUGAGGAGGAGCAGAUGGUCGUGUGGAUACUCUACCACAUGACAGACAAAGCAGCCGAUUGGGCGCUCCCCCUUAUUGGAACCAUCAUCAAGGGUGAGGGUAACCCGCCAACCACCAUCCCGGCCUUAACAGCCAAAUUCAAGGAGGCAUUUGCCGACCCAGACGCCAAGAGAGCCGCCGCCAGGAAGAUAGCUGCGCUUACUCAGACAACCACCACGUCUGAGUAUGUCACUGAGUUCCGCAACCUUAUGGCGGAACUUGAUUGGAACACUGAGGCAUAUAUUGCCCAGUUCACGCGUGGUCUUCACUGGAAGGUGAAGGAACUCCUGUCCACAAAGGACAAUAUCCCAGACAACAACCUCAAGGCCAUAUUCGCCGCCUCGGUCAAAAUUGAUAACACUUGUUGGGAAAAUGAGGAGAACCAACCCAAGAAAGCCUCUGCCAAGUCCCCGGUCACCGCGACCACUUCCACCACUACCACCACCCAACGGGUCCGCCUCUCUGAGGACCCCAACUACGUUACACCGGAAGAAAGGGACCGCCGCCACGCGUCUGGCCUUUGUGUCAAGUGCGGUCAGAAAGGACAUGGUAUCAAACAAUGCCCUAAUGGAUGGAAGGCCAAAAUUGGACAGGAGGAGUUGGAAAAAGAGUAA